AUGGGAGAAAGAAUUCGCAUGGUUGUUGACUGUGACCAGCAUUCGAUGUAUUUUGAGAAAGGUAGUGAAUUUUUAGGUAUUGCCUUUAACAACUUACCACCGCUGAAGCUAUUUCCAGCUAUGUGUGCUGUUUAUGGAAAUACUGAAGUGUCAAUGGUCUAUAUUGGCCCACCUCUUCUUGGCUAA